UGUGUUUUUUGAACAUUUAUAUAUUGGGGACUAUUCUUUCUAAGAUAUCGAGAAUCGAAAAAUCGAUAAAUUUGUAAUUCUUUUAUUCGGUUUUCUGGAAACAUAUCACAACUUAUAAACUCUGGAGCCUUUUUCACAUCGUACAAUUUAUUUAAGGUUUUGUGUCAAACUUUGCAAAUGAUGGAACCAAAAAGUGAAAAUCAAUUGGACGAAGUGCAAAGACAGAUAUUUGAGCGCAUUGCCAAAAACGAUGUAAAUGGCUUCAAGCAGCUGAUAACUCAACUGAAGGCGGGUGUCGACUUCGUAGACGAUGAUGGGAUGACUCCGCUCCAACAUGCUUGUUGCAAGGGUAAUAAAGAAGCAGUACAAAUGUUAUUAGAUAUGGGUGCUGAUAUUAAUUUCAAUAAACAUGGCGCUGACUAUACUCCGUUGCACUUCGCAGCUUUGUCAGGUAACACAGAUGUGUGCCGGCUUAUUCUAGAUGCAGGCAUAAAUCCAAAUAGUUUGAAUAGCGUUUCACGGACAGCAUCACAAAUGGCAGCUUUUGUUGGUAAUCACUCCUGCGUGGAAACGAUUAACAAUUAUGUUCCCCGCAAGACAUUAGAGUACUAUACACGGGCUCAGGGACAGCAAAAAGAACCACUAAUACCUCCAGGAAUGAUGGACUUGUUUCACCAAUUUGUUAUAGAAAUUAAUUUGCACCCCGUGCGCAUCGCCCUUAAUUUACAAUCCUUGGGUUUGUUAAAACAUUUAGAAGGUUUGAAGAAGUGUUUGGAGUAUAUGUGUGAAAAGGAAAUGAAGAAAACCAAUGAUGUUAAUGAACUCAUGGCAUUCAAGUUCCACUACCUCGGUUGGAUUGUGUCAGAAUUAAUGCGCUGCGAGGAACAGUGUAAAGCCCAACGUAAGGAGAAGUUGUCUGAAGUGGAUGCAGGAAAACACGAUUUUGUUGAGUUAUUUAUAAAGCGUGUCUUAAAAGAAAACAAAGUUGGACAGCUGGAUUACAUAGAAUUUACUCUACGUGAUUGCGUGCGUGAGUUUCCGUUCAGGGAUUGUACAGUGUUUCGUCAAGUUGUUUCCCAACUAGCGGCUAAAGACCCACAACCUGCACUAAUGGUUUUUCGUAAUGCUAUUAAUGGUCAUCGUGGUUUUGCGGAUGAUACAUCAUAUUGUAGUUCUUGUGGCAAUGAAAAACCAGACAAAAAGUGCUCAAAAUGUAAACAAGUAAAAUAUUGUGAUCGUGAAUGUCAACGUUUGCACUGGUUUAUGCACAAAAAGACUUGCGCUAGGCCUAUCUCGAAUGUCACGGCUUCGACCAGCACUUCAACCGCUAAGGAGGCAAUAGAUGUAACUGAACUACAUGAAGAACUUUCUAAAAUUACUACUAGCUAAACGAGACGUACAUACAUCUGUACGACUAUUAAAUGUUUGGUACCUUUACCCGUUUGUAUCCACCCCUAGCUGUAUACAUACCUUUGGCAUACAUACCGUUCUGAGACGAAUUAAGAGUUCAGUUUAUAGAGACAAAUAAAAAACCAAAAUAAAUAAUAAAUAAAUAUUGCAACUUUUUA